AUGAAUCAAUUAAUGAACAGAAACAAGAGAACCGAGCCAUCCCUACUGUUGAUGACUGAAGAUUCAAGCAGUGAUCAUCUAACCAUUAAUGAAUCAUCCCCAAUUAAAUCACUAAAUUCAGAACCAUCAUCAUUCUCGGAAGGUUUUUAUCAUACAUCCCUAAUCACUACCACAUCAGAAGAAACAAACCAAUUGAAUCAUCAAUACUCAAUGCUUGAUAAUGCCAGAGAUGAGGGUAACAAUAAUAAUAAGGACAAUUAUAUGAGUGUCAUUGAGGAAGAAAUAUUUCCUGAAGAGUCACCAACAAUUUUGGGCCCUACACCUCUCAAUAAUACCAACCCACAAAUCGUCCAUCUUAAUACUUCACUCCCUAAGAAUGGAUAUCCUCUCUAUAAUUUAGCUCCAUCCCUUCCUAGAAUGAGCAAUGUAAAUUCUGUAAAUAACCAAAAUAGCAAACAAACUGAGAAGAAUCAAUUAAGAAUGAGGGCUGCCCUUAAUGGACAUGUUAUAUUCUCUCAUCAUCCAAAAGAAUUGGGAGAAUUUUAUCAUGUGGAGUGGUGGUAUUAUUUGAGUACUUUUGAUCAUACCAUGAUUCCAUUCUUUAAACAUUCACAGGAUGGUGAUACUUCUAUAGUUCAGAUUGGGAAUGCAAUUCAUUGUAGAGAUUAUCAAUUGAAAUUGGUCAGUCAAUGUAAGGAUUUAUCAUGUGAUGAUUUGUCUCACUUUUGGUCAACUUAUUAUUUUGAUAAUCAACAUCGAAUUCUUACUCAAAGUCCAGUAUCCAUUUCAAUGAGUCCCUUGUAUCAUAAUGCGCCAUCCAAGUCAGUUCAAGGAGGAGGUCAUGAUAAUUCCAUGAUUGUCGAUGAAGAAUCUCUUUCAGAAUUUGACACCAUCUCACAAGAUGAAAUUCAUUCCAUAAACUAUGAACAAUGGAUUGAAACCAAGCAUAAUCAUGAAGAACCUCAAAUGGAUGACAAUUUUGAACAAGAUGAAUUCUUCCCAUCUCACAAUGAUGAAGAUUAUAUGGCAGAUAUUAGUAACAUGUCAAAUUCUUUCCACAAAAAUGACACUUCUCAUCAAGAUGAGAUAGCCCACAUCGCAGACUCAAGAAUACAAGAUACUCAUCCAUCCCAUUCUGCAAAAGAACAAGACGAAGACAAGCAAGAAGCAAUUUCCACAACCUCCUCAAGAACAGAUGAAGAAAUUAUGCUCUCUCUUGAUCAAUUCAUUGAAUCUUCCUCUUAUCACAUCAAUGAACAAUUCAAAAUCAUUUCAAGAGAAUUUUCACGAAUUUUCUUCUAA